GAGAGGGACAGACAGCGACACAGAGAGAGAGGGACAGAAGAACAGAGGGACAGACAGCGAGAGGAACAGACGAGAUCGAGAGGGACAGACAGAGCGACAGAGCGGGGACGCCCGCGUGCCCCCUCCUCUGCAGUCGCUCUCCUCCGUCCCGGGGCGCCGAGUGCGGAGGGAGAGAGAUGUGGGCACUCAAGACGGGAAGAGGGACCCUGCGCUGCUAGUGGGACCCGGAGACGCGCGGAGGGACGCGCAGACCACUCACGCGCGAACUGGCAGCGAGAGCAGAGCCGGGACAGCGGGCAUCCGGCUCCAGCAGCCACCGUGAGACCUAACGCCAGACCCCCAGGCAGACAAGCCGAGGGACCGACCGGCAGGCAGAGGCGGGGCUCGCUGCUCCUCGCAGCCUCAGGCCGGGCGGGCGCCGCGCCCCCGGGGCGUCCGGAGCGCAUCGAGCAGCGGGGACCGCGGGGACCGCGGGGUCGCCGGCUGAAGCCUCCACCCUCCGCGGCCGCGAGCAUACCAGCCGACACAGAAAAAGCCUUCACGAGCAGUUAAAUAAAUCAACCAAAAAAACAAAAACAAAAACAAAAAAAAGAGCCAAACCAAAUCAAUCCAGCCAAAUCAAUCAUUGAGAAACAGUAAUAGUAAUAAAAGCCAAAAACUAAAUCAAAUCACUCCGGGCACCAAGACGCUGGGGGGAUAUCCACUGUUCGGUCAAGGUAAUAACAAGGUCUUCCGACGUUGAUGAUGUGUCACACUGUGUAAGGAAACCGCAUGGAGAUGAGCACUCUGAACUGUUAGUGGGGACAUGGGACCCCAGUUGUCUGUGCUCACUUGUGUGGAUUUUGCUGGUGCACAACGACAGCCGCCGCUAGCACAUCGCCAAGCCCGACAGCAGGAAUUCUGCCUGAAAGGGCAUCAAACCUUGUCAUUUUAAUUUGCAUCGGGAGGAUGUCAGAGCAAGGGGACCUGAAUCAGGCCAUAGUGGAGGAAGGCGGGACCGAGCAGGAACCCAGCACACCAGAGAAUGGCAUUGUUAAGUCUGAAAGUCUGGAUGAAGAGGAGAAGCUGGAGCUGCAGAGGCGGCUGGCGGCUCAGAAUCAAGAAAGGAGAAAAUCCAAGUCAGGAGCCGGAAAAGGUAAACUGACUCGCAGCCUUGCUGUCUGUGAAGAGUCCUCAGGCAGACCAGGAGGUGACAAUCUUCAAGAUCAGGAAUCAAUUCAUUUACAGCUUUCCAGUUUCCCCAGCCUGCAAGAGGAUGAUAAAUCUAGGAAAGAUGACUCUGACAGAGAAAAAGAAAAGGAUAAAAACAAAGAUAAAACCUCUGAAAAACCCAAGAUCAGAAUGUUAUCAAAAGAUUGCAGCCAAGAAUAUACGGAUUCUACAGGCAUAGACUUACACGAGUUUCUGAUUAACACAUUAAAGAAUAAUUCCAGGGACAGGAUGAUACUCUUGAAAAUGGAGCAGGAAAUCAUCGAUUUCAUUGGGGACAACAAUAAUCACUAUAAAAAGUUCCCUCAGAUGUCAUCCUAUCAGAGGAUGCUUGUCCAUCGAGUGGCAGCUUACUUUGGGUUGGAUCACAAUGUGGAUCAAACAGGAAAAUCCGUUAUCAUCAACAAGACCAGCAACACAAGAAUACCAGAGCAAAGGUUUUGUGAACAUUUAAAAGAUGAAAAAGGUGAAGAAUCCCAGAAGCGGUUUAUCUUGAAGCGAGAUAACUCUAGUAUUGAUAAAGAAGACAAUCAGCAAAACAGAAUGCAUCCAUUUAGAGAUGACAGACGAAGUAAAUCAAUUGAAGAGAGAGAAGAGGAGUAUCAGAGAGUGAGGGAGAGAAUAUUUGCACACGAUUCAGUUUGCUCCCAGGAAAGCCUUUUUGUGGAAAACAGUAGGCUCUUGGAAGACAGUAACUUAUGCAAUGAGACCUAUAGGAAAAGACAGCUCUUUCGGGGCAACAGAGAUGGCUCGGGGAGAGCAUCUGGGAGUCGGCAGAGCAGCUCGGAGAACGAACUCAGGUGGCUGGACCACCAGCGGGCCUGGAGCAGCACAGACUCUGACAGCUCCAACCGCAAUCUCAAGCCCGCCGUGACCAAGACAGCGAGCUUUGGGGGCAUCACGGUGCUGACCAGGGGGGACAGCACAUCCAGUACCAGGAGUACCGGGAAGCUGUCCAAAGCAGGUAGCUCGGAGUCUUCCAGCAGCACGGGCUCCUCAGGCUCUCUGUCCCGCACCCACCCGCCCCUGCAGAGCACAACCCUGGUCUCGGGCGUGACAGCCAGUUCUCCAGGCUGCGUGACCUAUCCAGAGAAUGGGAUGGGGGGCCAGGUGGCUCCCAGCAGCACCAGCUACAUCCUUCUUCCCCUGGAAGCUGCCACAGGCAUCCUGCCUGGAAGCAUCCUUCUUAAUCCGCACACAGGCCAGCCCUUUGUGAAUCCCGACGGAAGCCCGGCUGUGUACAACCCCCCCACCGGCCAGCAGCCCCUGCAAAGCCCUGUGGUGGGGCCGGCCCAGCAGCCCUCUCCUCAGCCCCAGCAACGGGGACAGCCACCACAGCCGCCGAUGGCAGGCUCGCUGGUCACCCAGGGGCUGCAGGCUUCCUCCCAGUCCGUGCAAUAUCCGGCCGUCUCUUUUCCUCCUCAGCACCUCCUGCCUGUGUCUCCAGCCCAGCAGUUCCCCACGAGAGACGAUGUGGCCACACAGUUCGGCCAGAUGAACCUGAGCCGGCAGUCGUCAGGAGAGACCCCCGAGCCUCCUCCGUGUCCUGUCUACGCACCGCUCAUGUCUCAGCCAGCCCAACAGCCAAGCUAUGUCAUUGCCUCUCCAAGCCAGCAGCUCCCCACAGGGAGCUUCUCAGGCUCCGGGCCCCCCAUCUCCCAGCAAGUCCUGCAGGCCCCUCCCUCUCCCCGGGGGUUUGUGCAACAGCCUCCACCUGCCCAGAUGCCCGUGUACUAUUACCCAUCCGGUCAGUACCCUACCUCAGCCACACAGCAGUACCGGCCCAUGGCCUCUGUUCAGUACAGUGCUCAGAGGGGCCAGCAGAUGCCACAGGCAGCACAGCAACCAGGUUACCAGCCAGUCUUGUCCAGUCAGCAGGGGUUCCAGAGCUUACUGGGAGUGCAACAGCCACCCCAGAGUCAGAGCGUGCUGAGCAGCCAAGCAGGAACCCCGGUGCCGAGCGUGAUGGUCUCCUACCCAACCGUGUCCUCUUACCAGGUGCCAAUGACCCAGGGCUCUCAAGGACUGCCCCAGAGGUCUUACCCACAGCCCCUCAUGCUGUCUGACCAGGCAGGUCAAGGGUCGCUCCCCGCCACUGGAAUGCCUGUUUACUGUGACGUCACCCCCCCGGCCCCUCAGAACCUGAGGCUGAUCGGCCCCCACUGCCCCUCCAGCACUGUCCCCGUGAUGCCGGCCAGCUGCAGGACAAACUGUGCCAGUGUGAGCACCACCGGGUGGCAGGUCAAGUUCUGAGAGCUCGUUUCUUCGAUACUACUCAUGGUCCUUAAAGGCGGAGGCUCAAGGUCGGAACACCGGCUGAGGACUGUCGUAUUCACUCAACACCCAAAUAAUUGCUGCUGGUAUUCUGUAAAAAACAAAAACAAACACAACAAAGACUAAUACACACAUUAGCUGGUUAAUGGUGCAUAUUUCUGUCAUGUCGGCUAGGUAUGCCUUUAUAGCUUAGCUAGUGACAUGAAUUCAUCAAGGUAAGAUUUUCUCCUACCACUGAAUACCACUGUGUAGAUGAUAAUAUCCCUAAUCUGGAUGAUUAGUUUUGUACUUUGUGUUGAGUUUGUGAUGCUAAAAGUAUUUAAAAAUUAUAUACUGAAAUCACAUUGUACCAAAGCCACCAUGGAAAAGGAAAGAGUUGAUGAACGGAAGGAAUAAUUUAUACACAUUAUAGAGUUUUCUUUUUUUAAUGGAUAUAUACUGUAUUGUAGUGUUUAAUCCAAAUAAAACUAUUUGACCUUAUGGAGGAAGGUCAUGUUU